AUGUACAGCUGCAGAGGAGGAAGAGGAGAUCCAGUUUUCUACACUGAAGGCAGCAAUAAAGUCUCUGUAAGGAAAACUGUUUCCAUUAAACCCACUGUGACUCUGCAACACAACUGGUCUCCAAUAUUCAGAGGAGAGAAAGUCACUCUGAGAUGUGAGAUCCAUGGAGGUGGAGGAACUGAGUGGACGUAUGAAUGGAGACCAACCAGCAGAAACUCUGAAACAUUCAGUGAAUCCAGGACCAUAAGAGCAGACAGUAACUCCUACAGCUGCAGAGGAAGAAGAGACCAUGAGUCAACUCAAUGGAGUGAUUCUUUUUCAUUAACUGUUUCAGAAAAACCAAGAGCCAAUCUGACAGCAGAGGAAACCAUCAUACCAGCAGGGGGCAGUAUAACACUGACCUGCUCUGUGCCCAGCUCUGCUGGAUGGAAGUUUUACUGGUUCAGACAGAAGUCAAUGUCUCAAACAGCUCACUCCAUCAGAAACAAGGAACCUGAUAGAUUCCUCAGAGUCUCAGAGGGAGGUAGAUACAGCUGCAGAGGAGGAAGAGGAGAUCCAGUUUUCUACACUGAAAGCAGCAAUAAAGUCUCUGUAAGGAAAACUGGUGACCUUCUCCCUGUCCUCUCUGUGUCUCCAUCAUGGCUGAGUCCUGGAGCCUCAGUGACUCUGAGCUGUGAGGUUGAACCUCAGUCUGCAGGAUGGAGGUUCUUCUGGUAUAAAGCUGUUCCUGAUUUAUCAUUCAAAUCCUACAGCUUUAAGCUGCUGCCUGACAUCACCACUAGAACUGAACUGAACUCCUACAUUCUUCAUGGACAAAAUCACACAGCACGAUAUGUGUGCAGAGCAGGAAGAGAAGAUCCAGCAGAUUUCACUGCUUACAGUGAACCAAAGUUUGUCUGGUCUGCAGAUCCUCAUCCAGCAGCGUCUCUCUCAGUGAGUCCUGACAGAGUUCAACACUUCAGAUCUGACUCUGUGUCUCUGAGCUGUGAGGGAAACUCUACUAAAUGGAUAGUGAAGUGGAUUAGAGAAACAGGUUUACUGUUAGACUGCUCCCUCUGGGACAUCAUGAACAGAUCUACCUGUAGCAUGAGCUUGUACUGGUAUCAUAGUGGAGUGUACUGGUGUGAGUCUGGAUCAGGACACUUCAGCAACGCCGUCAACAUCACUGUACAGAAAGAUAUUAAUGGUAUUAUCCUGGUGAGCCCCGUCCAUCCUGUGACUGAGGGAGAUCCUGUUACUCUGAGCUGCAGAGAUAAAGAACAAAAACUUCUCUCCAAUGUGUUUUUCUAUCACGAUAACAAACUGAUCCACAAUGACGGCAGAGAGGAGCUGAAGAUCUCUGCAGUGUCAAAGUCAGAUGAAGGUUUCUACAAGUGUGAACAUUCAGGAAAGGAGUCACCACAGAGCUGGAUGGCUGUUAGAGUUCCUCUCACCAGUCCUGUCAGCUCUUCACUUCCUGUGCUGCUGAUUGUUGGACCAGUUAUUGGAGUCAUUCUCAUUAUUCUCCUGAUGUUGUUGUUGUGGUGCUGCAGACGGUCUAUGGGUGACGCUCAUCUCUAUGAUAUAAUCAACUCUGCUGAAGUUGCUGGAAAUGAGUGCGCCGUGGGUUCUCUGGGCUGGAGCUCACCAGCACACCUGGAGCUCGUCAGUCCAUUAGAGGACCCUCUACUUAAGCAGAUGCCAGACCUUUCUUCGACGCCGCAGUGUUAG